AAGAAGAAUUACAGCACAAUUCGGCUCCUUGUCGCUACGUUUUACUGAAGGACUGUGGUCUCCAGGAUCAUGGAGGCUAUUAGUAUAACAAAACAUUUACCAGAAGAAUUCUCCAAAUUAUGUUUAAACGCCAUUCUGCUACGAGCUGACGUCAGAGGUUGGAGGUUAACCAAUCAGAUGCGCGCAGAUUAACCGCUGCUGUGAUCCGGUCCAGACAUGACAAGUGCGGCCGAGUGCUCCCGAAGUCUCCCCUAGUUUUUAUUCAUUUGUGGCUCCAGAAUAUGUCUGUCGGCUGGAUAGCUGUGAAAGAGGAAGCAUGGCUGUGUUGUCAUGGUGGACGAACGUGUGUCACUGCUCAGGGAAGACGGGGAAUUGUUCUUUUGUGAGCUUGUUUUCCAUAGCAGCGGUGUCGCUCAUGGAGCUGGACGCAGCACUCUGACGCCCUCGCCACACAGCGCAGACCCGCUCAGCUGAGCCUGCUGACCCGGGACUGGGUGACGGAAGGUAGCGGCUUCGGUCAGAGCCACCCUCACAAGGUGCCACCCCGAUUCCCGCUGGCUGCUCCGCAGACAGGCGUCACGGUGGAAACUCGAAGACGAGCAAAGAUGAACGCUGUGCGGGGGGGCACAGUCACCUGGCGCCCCCAGCCGUGGCAGGAUGGCGAGGGAGGAGGAGGGGAGCCUCUCUCUGACAGCGACUCGGAGGAGGAGGACUUCCCCGAUGACAGCACCACCCCUCUGGGAGACUACAUCACUCAUGGGCUGAAGCUCCUCCUGGAUGCUCAGCAGCUCUGUGAUGUCACACUGCUCGUUGAAGGGAAGAAGUUCAUGUGUCACAGGGUCCUCCUGGCUGCUGUCAGUCCGUACUUCAGGGCCAUGUUCACCAGCCCCCUGGUGGAGUCUCGGCUUACUGAGAUACGCCUGGAGGAAGUGACACCAUCCGUCAUGGAGACUGUCAUUCAGUUUGUGUACACGGGUGAGGCGGGACUUUCUCUGGACACGGCUGAGGAUCUGUUUGUGGCCGCCAACCGUCUCCAGGUCAUGCCCCUGCAGGACCUUUGCUCCAGAUUUCUCUUUGAGCACCUGUCGGUGGACAACUGUCUGGGGAUGUACUCUCUGGCUCGCUCCCAUCACGACCAGCUCCUGCUGCGAGCCUCCAUCAGGCUGGUGGCGCAACACUUUCCCCGUGUGGCCCGGCAGAAGGACUUCCUCCUCCUGGAUCAUGGCACUUUGGGCAGCCUCUUGAGCUCAGACCGGCUUGGAGUGGACUCUGAGGCCGAGGUUUAUGACGCGGCGCGGCGCUGGGCAGAGCACCAGCCCCUGGAUCGCUACAUUCACAUGCCAGCUCUGCUUCACCACCUGAGACCGGGACUUCUGUCCCACGAGGAAAGCAGGAGACUUAAGCAGGAGCUGGGUCUCGCUGCACCUGGCGAGGGCCUGGGUGGCCCUCUGCGACCACGUGAGGGAAUGUUUGAGAAGAAGAUUGUGUGCGUGGACCUGACCCCACGGAACAGUGAGAGCUCUGUGGUGCGGGAGACCACGGUGGACUGCUUCGAUCCCCGGACAGGCAAGUGGGAGAAGUUGGCUCCGUUGGGUUCCUUCGUCAAUCCUGGCUGCGCUGCGGUGGGAGACCGACUGUUUGUAGCAGGAGGGGCCCUGCGGUCCGGCACGGUGUCGCCGACCGUACACGAGUACAACGCUGUUCUGGACCGCUGGAUUCAGCGACCGUCGAUGGUCCACGCCAGGACGAUGCUGGGCCUGCUGGGCUGUGGAGAGUCCUUGUUUGCUCUGGGAGGCAGCAACCGCACAGCCCUGCUGGACACCAGUGAGGUGUUGAACCUCUCCACGCUUCAAUGGGCUGCCGGGCCUCGACUGCCGCUGCCCCUGCGCUCCUUCGCCUGUGCGGCACUUCGGGGACGGCUUUACCUCCUGGGAGGAACCACACUUGAACAGAACAGGGCCGUCGUUCACUCAGGUGUUCUUAUUUAUCACACCAUGACAGACUGCUGGACACGGGUGGCGCUGGACUCUGGGGCCACCUGCCUUGCUGGGGGUGUGGCAGUCCGGGGUGGAGUCUGUGCUAUCGGAGGAUACAUGAGGGACACCACCAAGUUCCUGGAUGGAAACUACACUAACUUAGAAACCUUAGAUGCCACUGGACGUGUGUUGUUCUUCAGAGAGGGGCGGGGCUCUGGAGUGGAGCGUGAAGUGACUGGUGGCGGAGCCUUGACGCCAGAACAGCGAGCCGGUGCAGUCGGAGGAAGUGACAGAGCUCCGAGCCCGGUCGUUUUCCCUGGUCUCCCCCGGCGAAUUGCCGCCGGUGGCGUGGCGCGUUGGAAACGCAGGAUUUAUGUUCUCGGCGGCGAGAAUGGCUCGCGGUUCUAUGACAGCGUGUACUGCUGGAAACCCGGCUGGCGCAGCUGGGUGCAGAGACGGGAGAAACUCCCCGGGGAGACCGGUGGAGUCAGCCAGUUUGGAUGCACCACUCUGAAGUUCCCCAAGAAACACAUCCUGUCCAGACUUAGACGAGCCAAAGAGAAAUCAAAGAAGGUGGAUGACUAGCUCAGGAGGAGAGGCAGGAAGAGUUGUAAUCCAAAAGACACAGUAAUGUUUACGUCACACCCGUGUUGUGAGUGUAGUGGGACAUCAGGUGAGUGAGUGGAAUCAAGGACUUGGCCGCAUGGGGUGGUUUUUAAAGGUCCCAUAUUUUGUUGAUUUUAGACACUUUUAAAAAAAGAGUGGAGCACUAUGUAGUAAGUUUUAAUUUAAGAAGUUAAACUCAAUUUUAAGUGAUUUUUAAGUUGGACACUGUUUGAGUCCAGUGGCGAUUUUAAAUGAAGCUGGAAACCAGAAUAAACAAAAUGUUAUGGUAAGUAAUCAUAUAUGAAAUCAAAGGCAGCAAAAGGCUGUUUCACUUCAGUUCUCAUCUCAUCCUAGGAGAUGUGUGCGCUGCGUUGAGCUGGAGGUCGAGUAACACACCUCACAGUGCGACUCAACACCACUGGGUGAAACCAGGCGAAAGCUAAAAAGGUUGCUGAUAUGGUGCAGCUGUGGACUAGUGGUUGGACUGAACCUAUGUCCUGCAAGGGUUUUCUCCAGGCACAAAAACAUCUAGAGGUGAAUUCUGUCCAGCUGUCCGCACAAGUCCUGUGUCAGCUUUCAUCCUCACGGAUCCGGCGUUUUCAGUCACCUUGCUGAGGUGCUAUGGUUAAGAGACCCCAAGAAACGAAGGAAAUCUAAAACACAAAAGGUCAGUUUUACAUAAUAUGGGACCUUUAAUCUUCCUCGGUCAUGUGGCACUGAAUAUUCUGUCACUUUAUUCAUUUGCAUCAGUUGCAUCUAAUUUAAAACCUGGGGCAGGCAGGACUGGCAGUAUCAGCUCGCAAGAGUUUGUGGUGAUGAAACUGGAUGGUUUAGUUUGUGAUUUGUAUUUAGGGACUGAGAUGAGAUAAGACAGUGAAGGAGUUAGAUAACUGUGUCAGGAAGUCUGACAAACUAGAACCACACACAAGCGACCUUCAGUUCGACGAGUGUUGUCAUUAAAUGUCUUCACUCUAAACUGCUGUUUACACAAGGUUCACACAUCCAACAUGGAGCUGGACUUCUGCUCGCACAUCCCAGUGGUCAUAAAUAUCGAGCCCCAAACUGCUGCUUUGAAAACUGACAUGGCUGCGAGUGUUUGGAUCGUCAUCAAAGCAGAGAGCCGCCCACCAAAGCAUCCGAUUGUCAUAUUAUCUGGCUGCCAUUAAGGAAACAAAGGCGCUUCAUUAAGUAGUUGAGUCUUAUAAAACACAUUUUUUGUUAAUUGCAAAUAGAAAAUGACAGGUGCAGCCAGGUGCCAAAUGUUUGAAGUCGCUAGGCAGGAAGAGUCGAUAAAAUAUGUAAAGCUUUAGCGAAAGGAGCUUAAAAUCCGUGGCACAAAAUACAUCAUUAAAGACACUGAGAACUAAGAUGGAACUUUAGACUUCCACGUUUGUUGGAUUUGUUUUCCAUCGACGUUUUUACCUGGUGGUUUUCCCUCCUCCCACCCAUAGCGCUCACUGUCUGAUGUCUGUUUUAAUUCGUGGUCCAUUGCUUUUGAAACCGUUUGGAAUGAGUUUGCUCAGUAAAUGUGCUGUAGUUUUACAUGGCAACGUCACAAAAUGUCAUUUCAUUUACACUGUUUUACUUUAGGACUUUUAAAGUUGAAUGAAGUUCAUUUGGAUUCUUCUGCGAGCUCGCAGCCUGUCCGGAACGUGAAUGUGUGAACACGCAUGGGUUUCUAUGCAGACAAGUGCAACACACAACACACUCAUUUGUACAACCUCGUGACGUUUGUGUGCUGAAAGGUCUGUGAAUCGGAGAAUUAAAGGACGAUUUUGCUUACAAGUGUUC